AUGCAGAUCCGGCUCUCGCCGAGCAUGAGGAGCAUCACCAUCUCCAGUAGCAAUGGGCUGCUAGACUUGAUGAAGCUCAAGACCGCCGCGCGCCACUUCUCGUACCGGACCGUCUUCCACACCGUCCUCAUCCUCGCCUUUCUCCUUCCCUUCGUCUUUAUUCUCACCGCCGUCAUGACCCUUGAGGGCUUCAACAAGUGCUCCUCCCUAGAUUGUCUGGGCAGACGGUUAAGUCCACGUCUUCUCGGUAGGGGUGAAGAUGGCUCCAUGAUGGAGACCAUGGAUAAGGAACUGAGAUCAUCCAGGUUGUCAGAGCAGCUAAACAAACAUUAUGCAGCAAUCGCAAUUCCUAAAGGCCUUUACUGCCUUUCAUUGCGUCUAACUGACGUAUACUCCUCAAAUGCCCUUGCGAGGAAACAGCUGCCACCCCCUGAGUUGGUCCCGCGUCUUUCCGACAACGCCUAUUUCCACUUUGUUUUAGCGUCAGACAACAUCCUUGCAGCUUCGGUUGUGGUCAGAUCAACAGUUAGAUCAGCAUUGAAGCCUGAGAGGAUAGUCUUUCAUGUCAUUACUGACAAGAAGACCUAUCCUGCCAUGCAUUCAUGGUUUGCAUUGAAUCCUCUUUAUCCUGCCAUUAUUGAGGUGAAGGGUGUCCACCAAUUUGAAUGGUUGACGAAAGAAAAUGGUCCAGUUCUUGAAGCUAUAGAAAUUCAGCACAUUGCCAGAAGUCGUUACCAUGGAAAUCACCUUGCAAGAACCACUGCAGGUGACAGCCCGAGAGUUUUUGCAGCCAAGCUGCAGGCAGGAAGUCCAACAUAUACAUCUGUGCUCAAUCAUAUUCGUAUAUACUUGCCUGAGUUAUUCCCAAGCCUCAGCAAGGUUGUAUUUCUUGAUGAUGAUGUUGUUGUCCAACGUGACCUGUCAUCACUUUGGGAUAUUGAUCUAGCUGGGAAGGUAAAUGGAGCUGUUGAGACUUGCAGGGGUGGAGAUAGUUGGGUGAUGUCUAAGAGGUUCAGGAAUUAUUUUAACUUCUCUCAUCCGCUCAUUGCCACCAACUUUGAUCCAUUGGAGUGUGCGUGGGCGUAUGGCAUGAACAUUUUUCACCUUGCUGCAUGGAGGAAGACAACAAUUAAAGAUAAAUACCACCAUUGGGUCAAGGAGAAUCUGAAGUCAAACUUCACGCUUUGGAGGCUUGGAACUUUGCCACCUGGCCUUAUAGCAUUUAAAGGCCAUGUUCAUCCGAUCGAUCCAUCUUGGCACCUUUUAGGUUUGGGGUAUCAGGAGAAGACGGAUAUCUCUAGUGUUCGGAAAGCAGCAGUUAUACAUUACAAUGGACAAAGUAAGCCAUGGCUGGACAUUGGUUUUAAACAUCUCCAACCAUUUUGGACGAAACAUGUGAACUACUCGAAUGAAUUUGUAAGGAACUGUCAUAUAAUGGAGUCUCAGUUGUAG